AUGCAGUACUUGUUCAAAAUGGAGAAUUAUAAGAAAAACUUUAAACAUACAGCAAACAUACACGUAUCUUGCAUUAGCAAGGAGACACAGAAGGUCGGUAGUUGUGGUGUUAUCCUCAAUGUGGAGUGGAGGCAGCAGCGGCAGGCAGUCGAUGGGUCUGUGUUCGGUUUUGUUGUUCGUGGAACCGAGUCGCAACAGUCGCAGGUGGGCGCUGCGGGCCGAGCACAGCGAGCCGAGGCGCGCCGAGCCGCGGCGACCGGGCCCGAGCGGCGCGUACCAGAACGUCGUAAGUGCCGGCGGGCCGCGCCGCGCUACCCGCUAGCUUCAGUCUGCGCUCGGCCACCACCUUGUUCGCUCGUGUCUGUGACGCCGUGCUGUGACAUAUUUGACAGUUGUUAUCGUGAAUCGUGUGAUGUUUUCGUAUCGGAACUAUGGUGUAUCCCAAUGAAAAUGUGGAGUGAUUUCCAGGGCUCGGGCGGCGGGUGCGGCGCCAAGCGGCGCGCCGGCUCCCCGUGUGAGGGCGGCGGCAAAGUCGCGCGCUGGGAAGACUCGAUCGCGCGGCUAGAGGCCGUGGCCGCCGGCGCGGGCGGCGGAGACUGCUGGCGCUCCGAGGAGGAGGAGCGGCGCGCGUGCCGCCGGCGCUGGUGUGGCGGCUGGUGCGGUGCGCACGAUACCAUUCGGGCCGAGAACGGCAAGUCCUACCUGGAGCUGGGCGGUGCUGCUGCGCGCGCUUGUUGCGACGGCCGCGCGGCCGGUCGCUGUGCCUCUCGUCGCUGCUACCGCGAGAGGCGGUUCAAAAUGAUGAAUCUGUGUGCGCUGAAACUGGCGCGCUUACGCCAGACGGCGGAUCCGUCGCUGAGGCGCUCUGUGCUCGUCUGCAACACGUUACGUGGCAUCGAGCGCGAGAUGGAGCGCGAGAGUGCCGAGGAGGCGCCCUUCGAGCCGGCGUGCGUAGCUGGUGGAGUAGCACGCUGCGAGCUGUUGAGCUCUCGCGACCCGGCGGCUGGUCGUGCCACCCCCUUCCCUGCGCCGCCACCGCCGGACCGAGACUCCGGCUACGGCGACGAAGAGCAACGGACCAUCGACUGGGGCUCCGUACUGAGCCUGUCAUCGAGGUCAGCGCUCGACCCCCCCGAAGACGCGUGGCCCGACGACUGGGGCUGGAGCGAGGACAGCUUCGUGCGGCUGCUAGUGCCGACGAGUUAG